UGAACAUGGAAUCACUUUCAUCUACCCUAAAAGAUGAUUUCCUGACAUGCAUGAUUUGCUACGAAGUCUUCACUGAACCAAAAACUUUACCAUGUUUGCAUUCUUUCUGUAAAUCAUGCAUUUUGCGAUAUAAUAAGGAAAAGGAAUCAGACCUAUCCAAUAUUUGUAGCUGUCCAAUGUGCAGAGAAUCAUUUUCGAUAAAAUUGGAAGAAAUAAAGACAAAUUUUUGUCUAGUGAAUAUGAUUGAACUAAUUAAAAAGUCAACAGGGUCAUCUGAAUUCUGCUCAUUUUGUCUUUUAAUGGAGGAGAAGCGUCCAGCUGUUUCGCAGUGUUUAACCUGUCUUGAUUAUUUAUGCAACGAAUGUGGAAAAAUGAGGCAUGCCUUUACUCGACAAACAAGAGACCAUAAAGUUGUUUCUAUGAAGGACAUCGAAACUGGAAAGUUUGAAAAAGAAAUAAGAUUAGCACAAAAAGAGCGUUGUUCAAAGCAUGCAGAUGAAAUUUUAGCUUUCUUCUGCAUGUCAUGUCAACUGCCUGUUUGUCGGGAUUGUUUAAUAUAUGAACAUAGGGAACACAAAUUCAAACCAAUUUCUGAACUUCGAAAAGCAAAAGAGCUUGAAAUCAAUGAAGUUAUUAAUCCUCUUAAGAAAAAAUUAAAGGAUUUUCAAGAUUGCAGUGCUUCAAUUACAGUAGAAUUAAAAGAUUGCGAAGCAAAAGAGAAUAAGAUCCUUCAAGAAAUCAGUAAAAGUUGUCUGGAAGCAAUCAAUUGUAUCAAAACGUCUCAAAGAAAUAUUGAGAAAGAGAUACAAAACCAGAUGCAUUUACACAAAGAAAAUCUGCAGCAUGCAUUUGAUAAUAUCUCUAAACAUUGUAAAAGUAUUGAAGAGUCAAUUACCUUUUCAAAUAACAUUUUAAUGGACGGAAAUGAUUUUGAAGUUUUGCAGCUUAUGGAUGAAAUUUAUGAACGUGUCCUUAGUUUAAAUGGAUUGAACUGUACGGAAAUGUGUCUGUCCAAAAAUAAAGAACUACCAGAAUACAAAAUUACGUGGAAGGAACCCAAACUUCUAAGCUUCUCUUUGAAAACUUCUGGUGCCAAAACCUCAAGUAUCCAAACUGAAGAAAAAGAUUACGCAUAUGUAGAGCCAGUUAUAGAUGAAUGCAGAGAGGAAAAGGAGGAAAAUGAUAAAAUCACAGAUCUCCCUUCUUCAGAACACAUUUGUUGUCUCUUUCCUAGAGCGCGGUUUGAACCUCUCUCUGCUAGUGCGCCAUAUUUACCUCCCUCGAUUAAAAUUGCCAAGCAAUGUGUACUUUCUUUUGUAAGAACACUCAAGUUUAAUGUCAGCGAUGACCAAUGUACACCAGUUCAUUCAAGUGUGACGUGGACUCGGGAUGGUCGCGUUGUUGCUAUUGACAAAAUGAGUGAAAAAAUGUUAAGCAUAACAUUGUCUACGGAAGUGAAAAAGUCAAUUAAAAUUCCCAAAAUUCUUUCAGUUUCUGCAAAUGCAGCUGGAUUUGUUUGCAAAACUAGUGAUGGCUAUUUAUUGAAACUUGAUAGACAGUUUGCAGAAAUAGGUAGAUAUGAAGGAGUGUCGACGAUUGUGUCCACGUCGCCAAACAAUAGAUUAACGAUAUGGAUGAAUAAAAACAAAAUAUUCAAAGAAAUCAACGGAAAGCUAACUGAAACUCAAAUAUACGAUGAGAAUGGCGACUUAACGUCACUUAGAACGCCCACUUACGCUUGCUCUCUGCCAAAUGAAACAAUUGUGGUUUCCGAUUUCGAUAAAAAGUGCGUUUAUCUUAUCAGUAACAGUGGUAAGAUCUUGAAAGAGAUAUCUCAUGACCCGGGGUCAAUAAGUUGUGACGCUGAUGGACAUAUCUAUAUCGCAAACUUUUUUACCCAUACCAUAUCAAGAUUUAAUAUCAACGGUACAUUGUUGUCAACAAUUGAUAUAAGAAAAUGGCAGAAGGCCCCGAGAUGUAUCUCGGUUUUUAAAAACAAAAUGCUUGUUGCUGGAGAUCAUGUAAUUAACAUGUACGAUAUGACAUUUCAGUAAUAUCCAUGUCCUAAACUCUCAAUAUACAAAUAUAUAUGGAACACUUCAUAAAUUCUAUUUAUUAUUUGCACUUUAACAUGCUUGAGAAACACUUCAG